AUGGCAGUGCCCGGCGAGGCUGCACGAGCCAGGGACAAGCCCGGCCACGGUGGGCUGAGUCAAGCCCCCGCAGCGGGCCGGGACUGCCGCCGUUGUGCCGACCCCGCAUCGCCGCGGGGCUCCGACUGCCGCGGCUGCUGGGGAGACCUGGUGCUGCAGCCGCUCCGGCGCUCCCGGAAACUUUCCUCGGCUCUGUGCGCGGGCUCCCUGUCCUUUCUGCUGGCGCUGCUGGUGAGGCUGGUCCGCGGGGAGAUCGGCUGUGACCCGGAGCAGAGUAAGGAGGCGGCGGCGGAGGAGGAGGAGGAAGCAGCCGGGAGAGCAGAAGGGGGCGUCUUCCCGGGGCCUCGGGGAGGUGCUCCCGGGGGCGGCGCGCCGCUCAGCCCCUGGCUGCAGCCCUCGGCGCUGCUCUUCAGUCUCCUGUGUGCCUUCUUCUGGAUGGGCUUGUACCUCCUGCGCGCCGGGGUGCGCCUGCCUCUGGCCGUCGCGCUGCUGGCCGCCUGCUGCGGGGGGGAAGCGCUCGUCCAGAUUGGGCUGGGCGUCGGGGAGGAUCACUUACUCUCGCUCCCCGCCGCGGGGGUGGUGCUCAGCUGCUUGGCCGCCGCGACAUGGCUGGUGCUGAGGCUGAGGCUGGGCGUCCUCAUGAUCGCCUUGACUAGCGCGGUCAGGACCGUGUCCCUCAUUUCCUUAGAGAGGUUCAAGGUCGCCUGGAGACCUUACCUGGCGUACUUGGCCGGCGUGCUGGGGAUCCUCCUGGCCAGGUACGUGGAGCAAAUCUUGCCGCAGUCCGCGGAGGCGGCUCCGAGGGAGCAUUCUGGGUCCCAGCUGAUUGCUGGGACCAAGGAAGAUAUCCCGGUGUUUAAGAGGAGGAGGCGGUCCAGCUCCGUGGUGUCCGCCGAGAUGUCCGGCUGCAGCAGCAAGUCCCAUCGGAGGACCUCCCUACCGUGUAUACCGAGGGAACAGCUCAUGGGGCAUUCAGAAUGGGACCACAAACGUGGGCCAAGAGGAUCGCAGUCUUCAGGAACCAGCAUUACUGUGGAUAUCGCUGUGAUGGGCGAGGCGCACGGCCUCAUUACCGACCUCCUUGCAGACCCGUCUCUGCCACCGAACGUGUGCACGUCCCUGAGAGCUGUGAGCAACCUGCUCAGCACACAGCUCACCUUCCAGGCCAUCCACAAGCCCAGAGUGAAUCCUGUCGUUUCCCUCAGUGAAAACUAUACCUGUUCCGAUUCUGAAGAGGGCACUGAAAAAGACAAGCUGGCUAUUACUAAGCGCCUGAGAAGGAGUUUGCCCCCGGGCUUGUUGAGACGAGUUUCUUCGACUUGGACAACCACCACCUCAGCCACAGGUCUGCCCACCCUGGAGCCUGCACCGGUACGGAGGGACCGCAGCGCCAGCAUCAAACUGCACGAAGCACCUUCAUCCAGUCCUGAUUCUAGGAAUAACCCAGCAAUGAUGACCCUCACUAAAAGCAGAUCCUUCACUUCGUCCUAUGCUGUUUCUGCAGCUAACCAUGUAAAGGCUAAAAAGCAAAAUCGACCAGGUGCCCUAGCUAAAAUUUCACCUAUUUCAUCACCCUGCUCCUCACCUCUCCAAGCAACUCCUGCCAGCAGCCCGGUCAGCAAAAUUUCUGCAGUGCAGUUUCCAGAAUCUUCUAACACAACUGCAAAACAAGGCCUAACUUCUUACAGGACCUUAACUUACACUCAGAGUGCUCCUGACUUAUCCCCUCAGAUCCUGACUCCACCUGUUAUAUGUAGCAGCUGUGGCAGACCGUAUUCCCAAGGGAAUUCUGACGGGCUCCUGGAGAGAAGUGGGGCAGUUGCUCGGACACCAAGCAGAACAGAUGACACUGCUCAAGUUACCUCUGAUUAUGAAACCAAUAACAACAGUGACAGCAGUGAUAUUGUACAGAAUGAGGAUGAGGCCGAGUGUGUAAGGGAGCCGCUGAGGAAAGCGUCAGCUUGCAGCACUUACGCUCCCGAGACCAUGAUGUUCCUGGACAAACCGAUUCUUGCUCCUGAACCUCUUGUCAUGGAUAAUCUGGACUCAAUCAUGAAGCAGCUAAAUACUUGGAAUUUUCCAAUUUUUGAUUUAGUAGAAAGUAUAGGAAAAACAUGUGGCCGUAUUCUUAGUCAGGUAUCAUACAGACUUUUUGAAGACAUGGGCCUCUUCGAAGCUUUUAAAAUUCCAGUUAGGGAAUUUAUGAAUUAUUUUCAUGCUUUGGAGAUUGGAUAUAGGGAUAUUCCUUAUCAUAACCGAAUCCAUGCCACUGACGUCUUACACGCCGUUUGGUAUCUUACUACACAGCCUAUUCCAGGCCUUUCAACUGUGAUUAGUGAUCAUGGUUCAGCAAGUGAUUCAGAUUCUGACAGUGGAUUUACACAUGGACAUAUGGGAUAUGUAUUCUCAAAAAUGUAUAAUGUGGCAGAUGAUAAAUACGGAUGUCUGUCUGGGAAUAUCCCUGCCUUAGAGUUGAUGGCACUGUACGUGGCUGCAGCCAUGCACGAUUAUGAUCACCCAGGAAGGACUAACGCUUUCCUGGUUGCAACUAGUGCUCCUCAGGUGAAUGAUGAUGUUGGGAUAGAUUGGACCAAUGAAAAUGACCGUCUCCUGGUUUGUCAGAUGUGUAUAAAGUUGGCUGAUAUCAAUGGGCCAGCUAAAUGUAAAGAACUCCACCUGCAGUGGACAGAGGGUAUUGUCAAUGAGUUUUAUGAACAGGGUGAUGAGGAGGCCAGCCUUGGGUUACCCAUAAGCCCCUUCAUGGAUCGUUCUGCCCCACAAUUGGCCAAUCUUCAGGAAUCCUUCAUCUCUCACAUCGUGGGUCCCCUGUGCAACUCCUAUGACUCAGCAGGACUAAUGCCGGGGAAAUGGGUGGAAGACAGUGACGAGUCAGGAGACACCGAUGACCCAGAAGAAGAGGAGGAAGCAGCAGCAGCAGCACCAAAUGAAGAAGAAACCUGUGAAAAUAAUGAAUCCCCAAGAAAGAAAACUUUCAAAAGGAGGAAAAUCUACUGCCAAAUAACUCAUCACCUCGUGCAGAACCACAAGAUGUGGAAGAAAGUCAUUGAAGAGGAGCAGCGGUUAGCAGGCGUAGAAAAUCAGUCCCCGGACCAGACCCCUCAGCAGCACUCUUCAGAGCAGAUCCAGGCCAUCAAGGAAGAAGAGGAAGAGAAAGGGAAACCAAGAGCAGAGGAGAUCCCAACCCCAAAGCCCAACCAGUGACAAUGGAUAGAAUGAGCUGUGUUUCGAAACAGAUUGACUUGUCACAGACUCUUUUCAAGCCAGCACAACACUUAAGACACAAC